AUGCUCCUGGCUGCUUUGUACUGCCUGCUGUGGACUUUCCAGACCUCUGCUGGCCAUUUCCCUCGAGCCUGCACCUCCUCUAAGAACCUGAUGGAGAAGGAAUGCUGCCCACCAUGGGAGGGUGACGGGAGUCCCUGUGGACAGCUUUCAGGCCGGGGUUCCUGCCAAGACAUCAUUCUGUCCAAGGCACCACUUGGACCUCAGUUCCCCUUCGCAGGGGUGGACGACCGGGAGUCUUGGCCCUCCGUCUUUUAUAAUCGGACCUGCCAGUGCUUUGGCAACUUCAUGGGAUUCAAUUGUGGAAAUUGUAAGUUUGGCUUUUGGGGACCCACCUGCACAGAGAGGCGACUUUUGGUGAGAAGAAACAUCUUUGAUUUGAGUGUCCCAGAGAAGAACAAAUUUCUUGCCUACCUCACUUUAGCGAAACAUACUACCAGCGCAGACUAUGUCAUCCCCACAGGCACCUAUGGCCAAAUGAAUAACGGAUCAACGCCUCUGUUUAAUGACAUCAACGUUUAUGACCUCUUUGUCUGGAUGCAUUAUUAUGUGUCAAGGGACGCACUACUUGGGGGCUCUGAAAUCUGGAGAGACAUUGAUUUUGCUCAUGAAGCACCAGGUUUCCUGCCUUGGCAUCGACUCUUCUUGCUGCUGUGGGAAAAAGAAAUCCAGAAGCUGACAGGGGAUGAGAACUUCACUAUCCCGUACUGGGAUUGGCGAGAUGCAGAAAAUUGUGACAUUUGCACAGAUGAGUACAUGGGAGGGCGCAACCCUGCAAACCCUAAUCUACUCAGCCCAGCAUCCUUCUUCUCCUCUUGGCAGGUCAUCUGCAGCCAAUUGGAGGAGUACAACAGCCGUCACACUUUAUGCAAUGGGACGUCUGAGGGACCGAUACUGCGCAAUCCUGGAAAUCACGACAAAGCCAGGACCCCAAGGCUCCCCUCCUCUGCUGAUGUGGAAUUUUGCCUGAGUUUGACCCAGUAUGAAUCAGGUUCCAUGGAUAAAGCUGCCAACUUCAGCUUUAGAAAUACACUGGAAGGAUUUGCUAGUCCGCUUACUGGGAUAGCAGAUGCCUCCCAAAGCAGUAUGCACAAUGCCUUGCACAUCUACAUGAAUGGAACGAUGUCCCAAGUACCGGGAUCUGCCAACGAUCCCAUUUUCCUUCUUCAUCAUGCAUUUGUUGACAGUAUUUUUGAACAGUGGCUUCGAAGGCACCAUCCUCUUCAAGAAGUUUAUCCAGAAGCCAAUGCACCCAUUGGGCAUAACCGGGAAUCCUACAUGGUUCCUUUUAUACCUCUCUACAGAAAUGGUGAUUUCUUUAUUUCAUCCAGAGAUCUGGGUUAUGACUAUAGCUACCUACAAGAUUCAGGACCAGACAGUUUUCAAGAUUACAUUAAACCCUACUUACAACAAGCAAGUCAGAUCUGGCCAUGGCUCAUUGGGGCAGCCAUGGUAGGGUCUGUCCUCACUGCUGUGCUGGGAGGAGUCACUAGCCUGUUGUGUCAUCGAAAGAGAAAGCAGCUUCCUGAAGAAAAGCAGCCACUCCUUAUGGACAAGGAGGACUACCACAGCUUGUUGUAUCAGAGCCAUUUAUAA